AUGUUGGAGGAUGAGGCCAACCAUGGCUUCCUCCCCGAUCAAGAUGACCAUGAAGCCCUACUGUCAAGUCAUUUACUUGAACAACCUAAUAGUCCAUUGGAACCCUCCCCAGCUACCUCACCAUCGCUAAGACCGUCGCAAACGAGACCAAAAAAUCCCCAGCGGCAAUCUUCCAUAUCUCAGCGUGCCCUUGAUGGACAUCCACGGACACCCCGUACCACAAAUCGUGUAAGAUUUGACAUUGACGACGGGAUCCAGGAAGAUGAAUAUACUGCGACCGGUCGCGCUCAAAGCCCUGAUGACUCGGCCUGGCUGGAUGAUGAUGAUUACGAGCUAGAUAAUCAAGGCAGACAUAGCAGAGGAUAUGAGGGGCAGAGUAUUCCUCUUCUCACAUCCAUUGAAGCCCCUAGCGUGACCCUUGCAACAUCAGAUUUCUUCCCAGAGGAUCACCUUGAAAGUGCUCGGCCACGGAGUGGCAUGAAGAUGGCAUUCAUGAAUAUGGCAAACAGUAUCAUUGGUGCAGGCAUCAUUGGUCAACCAUAUGCACUUCGCCAGGCUGGUUUGACCAUGGGAAUAUUACUGUUGGUAAUAUUGACUGUCACUGUGGAUUGGACUAUCCGUUUGAUCGUGGUCAACUCAAAGCUGAGUGGGGCAGAUUCAUUCCAGGCCACUAUGCAACAUUGCUUUGGAAAGAGUGGUCUGGUUGCAAUCUCCAUUGCUCAGUGGGCCUUUGCUUUUGGUGGAAUGAUUGCCUUUUGUAUUAUUGUGGGUGAUACAAUUCCCCAUGUAUUAGGAGCUAUGUUUCCGUCCAUGCAGGAUAUGGCAUUCCUGUGGCUGCUUACAGAUCGGAGAGCGGUGAUUGUUCUUUUUGUCCUAGGGGUCUCCUAUCCCCUUUCUCUAUACAGAGAUAUUGCCAAGCUGGCAAAAGCAUCAGCACUAGCUUUAGUCAGUAUGGCCAUUAUCGUGGUGACUAUCGUCACUCAGGGCUUUCGAGUCCCAGCAGACUCGAGGGGAGAAGUCAAAAGUCUUCUUUUUAUUAACUCAGGGUUUUUCCAAGCGGUUGGAGUGAUAUCUUUUGCAUUUGUUUGCCGCUUUCUUUUUUUUGGCUCAAAAACCCAGGGCAACCUACUGAACAACUUCCCACCAGACAACAUCAUGGUCAAUAUUGCUCGCUUUUGCUUUGGACUGAACAUGCUCACUACCUUACCUCUCGAGGCUUUUGUCUGCCGCUCUGUCAUGACAACAUACUAUUUCCCUGAUGAGCCAUUCAACCUAAAUCGGCACUUGAUCUUCACCACAUCACUAGUAGUGUCAUCUAUUGCUAUAGCAUUGAUUACAUGUGAUCUUGGAAGUGUAUUUGAGCUUAUUGGGGCAACGAGUGCUGCUGCCCUGGCAUACAUAUUCCCUCCACUUUGUUACAUCAAGCUCAGCAGUGCCAGUUGGCGUGGAAAGAUUCCAGCUUAUCUGUGUGUUGGAUUUGGGUUCAUCGUGAUGGGUGUCAGUGUUAUACAGGCUGUGGCCAAGAUUAUCAAAAGUAUGCAAUUUACUCCCACCCUCAUUCCUUGGAAGGUUUUGUACCUAGAUACCAAGGUACCUUGA